CCUCUUCUGCUUCCUUCCGACCGAGGCAUGACAGUUUCAAUGGGCCCAAAGGUGUCCUUGCGACCCAUCGCGACCCAUCAAAGUGCUUGACUUGAGCGGAGCCCAAACAUGCAAAAGUCUUUGUGCUUGUGGGCUCUUGCUCAAACAUAGUGAGCGUUGCCCGCAGAGCUUGCUGAAGUGGAAAAGCGCCCACGUGGAAGGCCGCUUCAAAACAGUUGUGCGUGUUGGAGCAGAGGAUGUAUCCCACGCAGCAGCAGAGUUGGCAAUGAAAUGAGACCUUUAUCUUGGUCAGCGCCGCUCACUCGUGCUCUCCGCUCACGUGGGCCUUUACUCUAGGCCCCUAGGCUUGGCAGCACAUCGGCUUCGCAGUAAGCUGCUAGCCACGGCUUCCGAAAGAUUCGUUUUGUUGUUCAUCAAGAUUGGGCAGCGGAACCCUUGACAUUUGGCAGUUACCGCCUGCUCGGCUUUGCAGCUUUUGACGCCGAACCACAAGCAACCAUCGCAAGUUUGCCAAGUGGACCCAAGCAGAAGUCUUUCGACGAGGAUGCAAGAUUUAUAGCUCGAGCUAUCUCACUAGCCGUUUCCACUUGCGUGAAAGGAGUUGGAGACAGAAGGCUCUCCUGCAGCGCUACUGAAGCACGCGCCGCCCAGGCGCUUGGGCUUGCAAUGGUCAAAUCAGUUCCAUUCAGAUAGCAGUCUGGCGCACCUGUUGCAAAGCCCCGAUCUUUGGAACUUGGCAGUCAAGCAGGGGUGUUGCGAGCCUUUCAAGGAUGAACGAAACACAAGGGGCUUGUGCGGCAAAACGGGAUCUUCAGGCAUUAAACGACAACGUGCGUCUGUGUUCAGUCACACACAGCAGCCAUAUAAACGCAAGGGCAGAACUUUCGUCUGAUGUCCUUUUGUCAGAGCAAAACCAAUGGGGCGCGCAGUCUGGAGCAGUAUGCGGAUUGCCCAGUAUUUCCACUCACUACUCCUUACCCGUUGUCAGGUCGCCUGUUGCUGCACACAGAAGCGCUGGUUGCGAUCUAUGACUGCUCGCGGCAGGUGAGAACCUCUUGCAGAAGGUCCGCAGCUUGCGUUGAACUGUGGCGUGGACGAAGUGUGGAAGCUCAUUCUGGCAGAGACUUGCCCGCCCUUGUUUCAACUGGGAGGGAAACAUGGUUUAGCUUGCAACAUUGUUCUUUUCCGCAAGGCAGUGUUUAGGCGCCAUAGGAGCCUAAGCACGCUAUGCAAAACAUUGAGAUUUCGCGGGGGCGAACAAGAACGUGUUUUGUUGCGUGGCCUCAGAAACAGGGGCCGCAGCACAUGUACAAACCCUUCGUUCGCGCUGUUCUUGUUUCGCAGGCCUGCUUCAGACAAUGAUGCCCUUGUAGCAGCAAGCCAGGAGAAGGGCAUCAAGGUAGUGUUCUGCAAAGCUGGAAGGCGCUUGGGUGGAGAUUGCGCAGAAGUCAUUCGCGCAGCGAUCAAAAUCCCCAAGGAACCCUUUUUCGGGGCGGUGCCGGAAGGAUUUGCGCAGAGAGCGGAAGCUCGAGCAAGCUUCCGCGGAGCAUAGUCCAAAUCAAUUGACAAGCCUUUAUAGGCUUGCAAAGUCUGCUUUCGCGGAAUGCCGCCGCAACUCUAAUUUUGUUGGCUUGUGUUGCGCGUUGCAAAGAAGGAGCUGCCAGCAGGCAGCAUUGAAUUUCUCACAAAAGUGCCUUUCAUGCAUGCAAGCGGGUACGCGCAAACAAAGCUUGUUCUUAGUGCCACACACAAUGCGAGUAGCUACUGUGUUGACCCCAGCAAGCCCAUCAAAACGUAACCCUUGCAUCUUGGUCGCUGCUCAUUCAAUCUACACGGCACAGACUCAGAAGUGUCAUGGCUGACCGUUUUGGAAAACCAUGCAGGCGCCGACCGUGCUGAAUGCCGAGCCAGGUUCCUCCCGGUUUGGCGCUGGCUUUGCAAAAUUUAUCACCGCGCAAGCCUGCCUCACGUGCAACGCGGCAGUAAUACUGGGUAGAACCCUUCCUGAAGACAACUGCGCUGCAUCCUUCCUGUAAUGCGGUCAGGGUCUGUGACGACAACGUUGCUUGAGACUGCCAUGGUGAACUCAGCUCCAUUCCAACAGCAAUCUUGAACCUUUUGGAAAGCCCUGGGCAGUCAAGUAGCGGUGUUGCAAGCCUUUCAGGGCUCAGCAAAGCACAAGGGUGCCCCGCUUACUACGCCUUUAGUUUACCCUUUGUCAGGUCAGCCCAAAUAGAUGCAGCUCAUACGCAUAAACAUGCAGAUUGCCUAGCAACAUGCUCAACAUGCCACCUUAGCCUUCACCUAUUUUAGAACUGCCCUGCCAUGCAGAAGUGCCCCGCGAAACCCCCCCCCGCAGAGCUUCGAAUAGAAAGCCAGUGCCGACUUUGCAAGCUCCGCAGUGUCUUGAGUGUCUUGGCCUUUACUCUCCCUGCUUGGCGCUUCGCGUGUUUUUCCCGCUCAAGAUGCUCAAGCGAACAUGUCUAGAUGUGGACAUUUAGACAAUCAGGUAGCACGGAGGCGGAAGGUUUGCGGAAUGUGUUUUUCCGCGGAAGGUCGAGGAAGGGAUGUGGUCGAUUUGCACAAAAAAAGGAAGAACUAGCAGAUCGUGCGCUCGAAUUCUCCGCGGAAGCAGCACACUGUCAGACUCAGAGCAAAGCCAAUGGGGUACGCGGUCAGCAGAAUUCGGAUUGCCUGACCCAGUGGUUCGCAGAAGUCGCUGGGGGUUCGCAGAACUUGCUUGGGUUCGGGGUGCCGCUCUUGGCUUUCGCGGGAAUCCGUGGCAUGCGGUUUGCAGCUUGCCAAAAGGGCCAGGACUUUCCGACCGGUGAGAAGGGGGCGGGGGAUCACAGAAAUUUCACAAGAGGCGAGGGAGUUGCAGAAGUUCGUGGGAGGUGCCGGGAGUUCGCAGAAUUUCGCAGAAGCCGGGAUUCGCCGAAGUUUGGUUUCAUACUAGUUUGUUUGGGUGCUGCGCUGGUUUUGCCUUUACUGCACACUGUAAACCGAUCUCGUGCUUCCUGAAGGCUCGCUUCCAGAUGUCCGGGCCUGCAAAUGCAGUCAGGGUCUGUGACGACAACGUUGCUUGAGAUUGCCAUGGUGAACUCAGCUCCAUUCCAACAACAGCUUGGAAAGCCCUGAGCAGUCAAGUAGGGGUGCUGCGAGCCUUGGGCUCAGCAAAACACAGGGUGCCCCCGGUUGCUACUCCUUUAGUUUACCCUUUAUCAGGUCAGCCCGCCGGCUGCUGCAAAUAGAUGAAACGGCCCACUUAGUGAAGGCUAUUUUCGCACUGCCCUGCCUUGGUAAAAGUCGAAGCUUUAACGCACCUCGUAUCUGGGCCAAAGCAGCAACAUCUGGAUUUUGUAUGAGAGCAAGUAACCAUGGAGACGUUCAUCCUUCCCAUUAUUGGGCACACCGGCUGCCGUAGGAGAAACUGGGUCGCAACCAGUUCGGCUGGCAUUUGACAAACAUGGCAAAGGCGCUGGAAAAGCGCUGUCUCAGGCGCGCUAGCCAGCCAACCGUGUGCUCUGGUGACCCACAAUUGGGGCCAACCCAGCAUUGUACCCAUUCUGCUUUAAGUCUGGCGACUCCUGCGGGGCCUUGCUGGCCCAAUUUCGACCUCCAACAUCAAAGUCUCGAGAGCUGAUUGUGAAUCUUCUGGCGCCGCUUCGUGCCCCGCGAAACCCCCCCCUCGCAGAGCUUCGAAUAGGACCAGGAAGCCAGUGCCGACUUUGCAAGCUCCGCAGUGUCUUGAGUGUUUUGGCCUUUACUCUCCCUGCUUGGCGCUUCGUGUGUUUUUCCCGCUCAAGAUGCUUAAGCGAACAUGUCUAGAUGUGGACAUUUAGACAAUCAGGUAGCACGGAGGCGGAAGGUUUGCGGAAUGUGUUUUUCCGCGGAAGGUCGAGGAAGGGAUGUGGUCGAUUUGCACAAAAAAAGGAAGAACUAGCAGAUCGUGCGCUCGAAUUCUCCGCGGAAGCAGCACACUGUCAGACUCAGAGCAAAGCCAAUGGGGUACGCGGUCAGCAGAUUUCGGAUUGCCUGACCCAGUGGUUCGCAGAAGUCGCUGGGGGUUCGCAGAACUUGCUUGGGUUCGGGGUGCCGCUCUUGGCUUUUGCGGGAAUCCGUGGCAUGCGGUUUGCAGCUUGCCAAAAGGGCCAGGACUUUCCGACCGGUGAGAAGGGGGCGGGGGAUCACAGAAAUUUCACAAGAGGCGAGGGAGUUGCAGAAGUUCGUGGGAGGUGCCGGGAGUUCGCAGAAUUUCGCAGAAGCCGGGAUUCGCCGAAGUUUGGUUUCAUACUGGUUUGUCUGGGUGCUGCGCUGGUUUUGCCUUUACUGCACACUGUAAACCGAUCUCGUGCUUCCUGAAGGCUCGCUUCCAGGUGUCCAGGGCUUUAGGAACAAGCGCCAGCCGGCUGGUUGAGAUUCUGACGCGCUUGCGAGAAAGGGUGCAAAGCAGGUUGACUUGGUCGCACCCUUGGCCAUGACCAAGCCCGGGACUCUGACCAUCUCUCCUGCCUCGGCUGCAAAGCUGCGGGCGGUACCGAUGGAGGAGGUCACUUGAUGCGUUUGGUCGCAAUUUUAGCGGGAUGGCAUGGUGCAGUCCAUGGGGGCAAAAGCGUGAAAAGCAUGUGCAGGCCACUGAUUGGCGCCCAAAAGUGCUCAUACCACCAAACAAACGCACAUUUGAUGUCCACUGUUUCUUGCAACUUGCAAUCAAUUGUUACACGUUUCGGAUUUGCGCUCGUUUUGAGGGUAUGUGCGCCCUUUUUGCGGGUAUUGGCACCUCUUUUGCGGGUAUGUUUUUGCUAGAACACCGCGCAACGGGCGGUUUUCAAGAAGGAGAAGCCGCCAGAACUGCAAGAAUUGCUCGAAGCAACAUUUACGCCCAAUCCCCUGCAAAACGCGAUAUGAGGCUCAGCACAGCCCAGCUCAGCUGGUGGGGAUUCACCAAAAGAAAUGCCUACACGUCGAAAACCUCCCGAAAGUGCUUUCAAAUUCAGCAAGGGGACACUUAAGGAUCCGAGUCUUCGAAGGAGGUACUUUAACCCUCUUAAGCCCUAUGCCAUGUUGUAGGGAAGGGUAUCAACUCACCCUGAUCCCAGAAGAUCCAGGUACCAGUAGCAGGUACUCAGGACACUCACCUCUGGACUUUGCAUGAUGGAUUUUUCUGGUUGCUAAACAUGCUUUGACUCCGUCCAUCUUAGUCGACCUGAGCCCUGAACUCAGCACCAUUCCUGUCAGAGAGUGGCGCUGCAAACUGUUCGGUUCCAUCGGCCUUGCUUGAGCCCUGACAAACAUCUCACCCUAGCAGGUGACAGCCUCCUUGCACUGCAAAGUGCAAGGGCUAGAGGUGACGAGCUUGAAAGGAAACUUGUGGUCAUUGGAAUUUCGCCCCAGACACUCCAUGUUUAGGGAAUAGGGUAAAAUGUGGGUGUACUUUACCUCAGGCGGAAGCGUGUUGGUACUUUGCAGAGACAACAUACUGCAGUCAUCAGCAUCCCAGGCGUCCUUUUGAAAGAAAAUUGAUGGGCACUUGUGGAUGAAACCAAGCUGUGCUUCUGAAGUGGGUGCUCCGCCUUCUUGACAUCGGACAGCGUGUGUCUGGAAUGGCCGUUCCGAUGUGCUCGCAAGCGCACAUGGAUUGAUUUCACCAUUGGUGCCCCGCAGCGAUGGUGAUUCAACCCACCCAGCUUUGAGUAAACAAAAAAGACAAGCAGACUUGCUUUCAACCAUUAUUACAACGCGACAACCAGUCGUCACUUUCAGAAAAGUGAUUGAAUUUCAGUCACAGUGGCCAGUUGAUGUUUAAAAGCAGCAACUUGGCUAUCCAGGCGCCCUCAAACUCUUGGGCAUUGCAAUGCGUUGCAGAGGUGCUGCGCUCGCGUGACAGAUAGCUGCUUGCCCACAGAUGCCCCAUUGUUUCGUGUGCUAGCAAGGCGGAUGGGCUUCUUCCCUUUUCGUCGGCCAGGCCUAGAACAGAGGGCAGCGCAGAAACCAGAGCUGACGUCCGGGCACGACUUGACAGCCGCAGCCUGUGAGGACAACGCACGUGAUUUGACCCGACAUCCUGGCUGGUGGGACAUCGGGCCAUUCUUGGCCCAAUACUUCGGAAAGAGCCAAAGAGCUGCUUUCGGACACAGACAUUCAGCAGUGCAGUCUGGCGAGCCCAAAGUGAG